UAAUAUGAAAUAAAGUCAAAAGAAAGUUUAUACUCAUUAUAUAAAGUAUACUUUUAAAUGUCAAGGUAGUCAAUUGUCCAAAUAGUUUCACAUUGGCUCAAAAUCCGUCUACAAUGUUACCCGUCCUAAUCUUUAUAAAAUCCGAACAUUUAAAAUAAUAAAGAAAAAAGUGGAGAUGCGAUGCACCUUUCUUCUUCCCAAGGCACAAAACUCCAUCAUCACCAUAGAAGUAAUUAAAGAAGCAAAUUAAACAAAGGUGGUUUCUUUGAACAGAACACACACUAAGACAUGGGCAGUCUUUUACAACCUUGCAACUUCCUCUUCCUCCUCCUUUUGCUGAGCAUUAUCCAAGGAAAUUUUGGUAGAAAAAUAGCAAACCAUGUUCAUGAUGAUGAUCAACAUAUGCAUGUCCGUACAUCAUCAUCAUCAUCUAACAUGGAUCACAUGGAAAUAUCAUGGAACAUAUUCUUUCACAUUGAAGACCUAAAACUUGGUAAAAAAAUCCCAUUAUAUUUUCCCAUAAAAAACUCAUCUUUUACUCCUCACAUAAUAUCUAAACAAGAAUCAAAUUUAAUCCCUUUUUCAUCAACACAAAUUCCGAAAAUACGCGAAUUUUUCUCAUUUGCUCAAGAAUCACCUCAAGCUAAGGCCAUAAAACACACCCUUAUGCAUUGUGAAACCCCUCCUUUAGAAGGUGAGACCAAAUUUUGUGCUACCUCUUUAGAGUCUAUGCUUGAUAAUUUAAGCCUAAUCUUCGGAUUAGGUGAAAAAUUCGAGGUUUUGACAACUAAAAAGACCAAAAAUUUGAUCCCAAUUUUGCAAAAUUAUACAGUUUUGGAAGAUCCUAAGGAAAUUGUUGCGAAUAAAAUGGUAGGGUGUCACCCUGUGCCUUACCCUUAUGCAGUGUACUAUUGUCAUGGGCAAGUGAAUGAUAAUAGGUUGUUUGUGAUCUCACUUGAGGGUCAAGAGGAUAGGCAGAGAAUUGAAGCUGUUGCAAUCUGCCACAUGGAUACUUCUCAGUGGGACCCACAUCAUGUCUCGUUUCGCGUGCUCGGGAUCGAGCCUGGGGCUGCCCCUGUGUGCCAUGUGUUCCCUCAAGAUAAUCUAGUAUGGGUUUCAUCCCAUAGCUCUGCUACUUAGUGUAGUGUAGUGUGUGAAAUUAAGAGCAUCUAUGUGUUUGAGUAAUGUGGGCUGAAUUUGGUGCUUGUAAAUCUUGUGUUAGUAACACUUGAAGUUUGUGUGUGUACUUCAUGAUUGUAUGGGCUUAGGCCUAUUAUGAGGAUUUAAUCUCCUAUCCAUUAAAUGAAUCUGUCAAAAUGUAAAUUUGUUGAGUGUUAUCACUAAAUUUGUACAAGAAGCUCCAUUUCAAUAGGCUCAAUUAUACUAAAGGAGCUAUGUUUUUCUUGGUCAGUGUAAUUUCAAUGUGUCUGAUUGUAUUCUUGCUCCUUGCAUAAUCAUGUACUCCCUCCGUCCCUUAUUUUUUGCCCCAUUGCAAAUAUAUGGGUCAAAUUAAUAAAACCUUGACCAUGAAUUCUCGUUA